AUGGAUCAGAACGAAGAGGUGGCCCUUGAAGAGCGAUUGAAGUCGGCUCUCUGGUUAUCCAUUGGAAAGAUUGUCGAUGAAGAGACAAUUAAACUUGGUAUCAACGCCACGCCGCAGUUUAUCGGUGCCUUAACGGAGAUGGUGUGGGCUCAGAUAGAAACUGUCAGCCAAGACCUGGAAUCUUUUGCAAAACAUGCCGGCCGCUCCACCAUCAGCGUCUCCGAUGUAAUGCUGCUCGCACGCCGCAACGAGGGCCUGGAAUCGAUCUUGCGUGCGUUCGUUGAUCAGAUGCGUGAAGAAGAAUCUUGA